UAUACAGAGUAUAUAGAGAGAGAUAGAGAUAGAGAGUCAGGGAGUCGAUUGUGUGUGGGUGUCGGCAUCUAUCUGUCUAUCAAUACAAAGAACGAACAAAGUAACAAACAAAGAGAUAGAUUGAUUGAGUGGAAUUGAAUCGAAUCGGAGCGAAUAAAAGUGAUUGAUUUGAUAAGUAAAAGAAAGAGAGAAGUUGAAGGGAUGGCAGGGAUGAGGGAGUUGGUGACCGGCGGGGCCAAUUGCAAUCCAUCUUCUUCUUCGUCCAACCCUUUAGGCGCUCUCGCUAACGCUCUUAUCGGCUCUUCUUCCCAAAAGGAAAGGCUGCAGGAGAUUCCUACGUCAACGCUCAAUACCUCUGGCAGCCAUCUUUAUUCUGGAGCCGGGGAGCCCUUGUCAGCCCUUCCUGGUUCAGAGUUGGAUCACCCUCCCCACGACUCGGCUUUCCUUAAUGGUUUCCAUGCCGCAAAUGACAACCGGCUUUCUCAAGUUUGGGAUGGAAUACAAAACCCCCAGAUUCAUCCAGGGCCUCAACCAGAAUUAAAUGGUCCACCUCAAAGAGUUUUGUCAAGUUUUUUGCAUUCAUUUGUUAACAGCAGUCAUGGUGGAGUUCCUUUUGGUCCUGCUCAAUUGCCAGUGUUGGGAUUGUCUCAAGGAGACAAACGGUGCAUACGUGACCGUAGUAGCAUUAUGGCUCGCCAUAUCUUUGCUGACAAGCCUGAGGAUUUCAUCAAUGGCCAGGUAAAUGCUCUGUUAUCUUCUUUAGAAAUAGAUAAUCAUGGUUCGGCCAGGGGCCCCAUGCCUGGAAGAUACCCGGAGCUGGAGCAAUACUGGGGGGAGUCGCAAGCCAUGGCUUCUGGUCCACGUGGUGCAGAUGGUUGGGCUGAUGAAUUCUCCCAAAAUAGAGUAGGACAAAGUGACCCUAAUUCUUGGGCACUAUCCUUUGAACGACAACAUGGUGCUGGGGGCUGGGCUUCUGAAUUUGAGCAUGAGCAAGCUCAGAUGACGUCAGUGGAUAGAAUGGCAGGUGCAAACAUUCCGUCAUUGGCUGCUAUGGAGCAGACUCGGAUGCUAGCACACACUUUAGCUCAGAAUAAUAAUCCUAAGUUCCAGAAUUCGAAGUUUCUUCAGUUUGUUUCGAAGAUGAGUCGUGGAGAAUUGACUAUUGAAGAUAACCAAGUAAAGGCUGGAAAUGCGGACUGGGCAAAUGAAUAUCAACAACAAUAUAACGCAGGACCGUCUUCUUGGGCAGAUCAGUAUGCACAUGAACAGGUUUCUAGGGGUCCUGAUAGGUGGGCGGAUGAAUUUGCUACUGAACGUGCACACCAUGGUCCGGUAGAUGAGCAAUGGGUGAAUGAAUUUUCCAAGCUGCAAGUGAACGACUGGGCAGAUGAAUUUGGGCGUCAGGUUGGUGAAGGGAUUUUGGGAGAUGAUUCUGCUGAUAAUUGGGCAAGUGCUUAUGACGAGUAUUUAAAUGAGCAAGCUGUUAUGAAACAGAAAUCUGAUAGUUCGAGGGGAGUUUAUGUGUUCUCUGAUUUAAAUCCUUAUGUUGGGCAUCCUGAUCCUUUGAAAGAAGGCCAGGAGCUAUUCCGUAAGGGCCUUUUAAGUGAAGCAGUUCUUGCUUUAGAAGCCGAAGUUUUGAAGAACCCUGAUAAUGCUGAAGGCUGGAGGUUACUUGGUGUAGCACAUGCUGAGAAUGAUGAUGACCAACAGGCAAUUGCAUCAAUGAUGCGUGCACAAGAAGCUGACCCAACAAACUUGGAAGUUCUUCUUGCACUUGGAGUCAGCCAUACAAAUGAAUUGGAGCAACAAGCGGCACUGAAAUAUCUGUAUAGUUGGUUGCGCCAACAUCCUGUGUAUGGGACAAUUGCUCCUCCUGAACUUUCAGAUUCGCUCUAUUAUGCUGACGUUGCCAGGACUUUCAAUGAAGCCGCUGUAAUGUCACCUGAUGAUGCGGAUGUACACAUAGUACUAGGUGUAUUGUAUAAUCUUUCAAGAGAAUAUGACAAAGCCAUUGAUUCCUUCCAGACAGCUUUAAAGCUCAAGCCUAGAGAUUACUCAUUAUGGAACAAACUUGGGGCAACGCAAGCAAAUAGUGUUCAGAGUGCUGAUGCGAUAUACGCGUAUCAACAAGCAUUGGAUCUGAAGCCCAAUUAUGUUCGUGCAUGGGCUAACAUGGGUAUAAGCUACGCAAAUCAGGGUAUGUACGAGGACUCAAUUCGUUACUAUGUGCGUGCACUGGCAAUGAACCCAAAGGCAGAUAAUGCCUGGCAGUACUUGAGAAUUUCUUUGAGCUGUGCUUCAAGGAAUGAUAUGAUGGAAGCGUGCGACUCCCGGAAUCUUGAAGUUCUUCAAAAAGAGUUCCCUUUAUAAAUGGUGUUAUAACUUAUCUGGUAAACCUACGUGUUUCAUUUACUGAUACAGGACUGCAUGCAGCUGGCUUACAACGUUAACAUUUUGUUUUAUAUAUAAAAGCUAUAAACAACUUGUAGCCUGGGUGUUCAUUCUCCUUGUAUGUAACAAUAAAUAUUAAAAUCCGCAUUAAACUAUAGCUUAUUUUUAUAUCAUAUAUAUUUUAGUAGAUUUAGUA